AACAUCAUCUGUUUCAGCGGCGGCAGCAGCAGCUGCGGCAGCUGCGGCAGCCGCUGCUGCUGCAAUGUCAAAUACAAGCCUUUCAACAUUAUCGACACUUUAUUCGGCUGCUGGUGCCACAACAUCACAAUAUUCAUCAUUCAACUCGGUAUAUGGUUCCAAUGGUGAUGGACCGGAUGAAGCAUUUAUUCGUCGAAAACAGCGAAGAAAUCGUACAACAUUCAGUGUACAACAAUUGGAAGAACUUGAAAAAGCUUUCGCACAAACACAUUAUCCAGAUGUGUUUACCAGAGAAGAUUUGGCAAUGAAAAUUAAUCUGACCGAAGCAAGAGUACAGGUUUGGUUCCAGAAUCGGCGAGCAAAAUGGCGUAAAUCAGAACGACUUCGAAAAGAACGUGAAACAAAUGGCAAUCAUGAUGAUGAUCAUCUACUAGAUAUGGGAUCACAAUCACCAACCAUCAAUAUAGAUGUAGCAUCAGCUGAAAUGACAUCAACACCUAGUACAAGUCCAGAUCCAAUUGAUUUAAAAGAUCAUGAUCGAUUAUUAAUAGCCGAUGAUCAUCAUCAUUUAUUGAUAAGAAAUAAAAUUAAAUCCAAUAAUGAAAAUCAUCAUACCACAAAUAAUAAUGAUACAUUACCAAUCAAACAUAAACAAUCAAAUUUUCCGAUAAGUUCAUUGAUUGCAAAUACUAAUAAUAAUCGUACUAGUAGUAAUAGUAGUAGUAGUGGUAUAAAUGAUUUUGGUCCAUCAUCAUUCAUUUCAUCGAUUAAACAUCCAUUCUAUCAAGGUGGUGGUGGUGGUGGUGGUGGUGGUGUUCAUUCAUUAUUUGAUCGAAGUCCAUUUUUUCGUGAAAUUUCAAUGUCUCCACAUUUUUCAGUUCCAACAUUUAAUUCAAUUCAAAGUUCAUUAUUUGCUAGUGCUUUUAAUGCUACUGCCAAUGAAAAGCCUGGAUUUAGUCCAUCAAAUUUGGACAAUAUGUUGAAUGCUGCAGCUAUGGCAGCUGUAACUGGACAUCAUAAUUCUGCUUGUUCAAGAUUUUCGGCCACUAUUCCACCAUUGUUCAUGACCACAACAACAACGGCAUCACCACUAUCAUCAGCACAUACGCCCACCACCAACAACAAUAAUGGUCAAUCAUCUACACUAUCAUCAUCAUCAUCAUCAUCAUCAUCAUCAUUAUCUUUU